AUGAUCGCUGAUGUGAAUUCGGAGGUUUCGACGGUGACGUCAGAGCGGGGCGGGGGAGGCGAGAGGCGCGCGCCGGCGGCGGUACCCAGCCGCCGAGCCAUAUCUGUUGCUCUGUUGCGCGCCGAGCGCGGAGGUCGCGUAACGACACGCCGCCCGCCCUACGUAGAUCGUAAACAAAACAGCGCGAUACUAGUAAUGGACCUUGCCCACGGUCACGGCUACAUGACUACAUUGUGUUAUUUAAAUGUUUAA